GAUUGGAAGUGUGAUUUAUUUACAUGCCUGAGUCGAAAAGUUGUUCUGGUCUGUAUUCGAUCGUCAUUAUGCCGAGUGUUAUUGCGUUCGGUGGAUCAAAGAACCAGAAAGUUAGAGCAACUUGGAUUGCUGGCACUUUGCUGAUACUGUUUGGUGUCUUUUUUACGGCAUUCUGGAGCGAUAUACUGGACGUUCUGGUGAGAAAGGGUAAAGCCAUCAACCCCACAUCGGAAGCAUUUGCCAUUUGGCGGCAGCCCCCCUUUCACCUGAACUGGGAAAUAACCCUCUUCAAUUGGACCAACGCUCAUGAAUUUCUGGCCAACCGAAGCACCAAACCGGUGUUUCGCGAAAUCGGCCCAUUCGCUUAUCUUGAACAUCCCUCGAAAGAAGACAUCGAGUUCAAUCCAAGCAACGGUACCGUGAGUUAUAGAUUACGAAGUCGCUACAAAUUGGAUGAAGCCAACUGUCAAGUAUCACUGAACAGUACCAUCAACAGUAUAAAUGCGGUGGCACUGACAGCUGCCAAUCAAGCUCGAUAUUGGGGCUUUGCAGCUCAGAAAGCAAUCUCGAUCGCUCUUCAGAGCUACCAUCAGGGCGUUUUUGUGACCAAACAAGCCAGCGAGCUUCUAUUCGAUGGCUAUCGGGAGCCAAUGCUUAAAAGGGGGAAGGAAAUCCUAAGUAUGAUGGGUUCCUCGAUACCUCUGGAAGAUCGAUUCAGCUGGUUCCAGAUAUUCAACGAUACAUCGGAAACUUGCGGAUAUUUUAACAUGGAUUUGGGUAACGAGGAUCCAGAUCAUUACGCAAUGGUAAAAAAUUGGAACUACAAGGCUCACGCUGACGCUGCCGAUGAAGAAUGUGGCAAGUUUAGGGGUUUUACUGGCGAAAUAUUCCCAACUCGACUCAGAAAAGACGUUCCGUUGAAGAUUUUCACCGCCGAAAUGUGUCGAAUGGUUAUGUUUGAGUUCGAGCGUGAGGAGGAAGUCCACGGAUUGACGGGGUAUCGUUUCGUAGGAACCGGAAGAUCCAUCGAUAAUGGAUCCCUGUACGCGGAGAACCAGUGCAACCACGGAGGGGAAUUCAUGCCAUCGGGUGUGAUCAACGCGACCGAGUGUCGAUAUGGAGCCCCAUUUUACGUUUCUUUUCCGCACUUUUAUAUGGGAGAUUCCUUUUACCACGAUCAGAUGGGAGGGAUGAAUCCGGAGAAGGAACGUCAUCAAUUCUACCUCAUAAUUGAACCGAUUACAGGACUAGUCCUGAAGGCAGCCGUUCGGUUUCAAAUUAAUGUACUACUACAACCUUAUCCGGGCAUUGAGUUGUACGAAAACUCCCCUCGGUCCUAUGUUCCGGUGCUUUGGUUUUCUCGUAAUUUCCAGCUUUCGCAACCGGAGAUACAGAAGCUGAAAAUGCUGACCAUGGUAGCCCAGCUCGGAUACGGCGCGGGGUUCACUGUACUGGGCUUGGGAAUUAUCCUGGCCCUGGUGGCAUACCGAACAUCUGCUGGAAUGUCAUCGCAAAGCCAUAUUCUGUUGAAGACGGCGGCGUUCCCCAAAGGACACUAUGAACCUGUGAAAAGUUGAAUAAAAUACAUUGAAUUUGAUUCAUUUUGAAACAGUUACUGGAUGAAA